GAGAGCAUUACUCAAGCAAAAUUCCUCUGUAUUAUCAUCAUUCUUAGUGGUCAACGAAUGGGUAGUAACAGUCAGCAACUUCACUUUUUCUUCCUUCCUGGAAUGGCUCACGGCCACAUGAUUCCAACUCUGGACAUGGCCAAGCUCUUCGCUUCCCGUGGCGUCACCGCCACCAUAAUCACCACCCCUCUCAACGAACCCGUCUUCUCCUCUGCCGUUCGUAAAUACGCAGAAUUGGGAUUCCAAAUCCUGAUCAGAUUGGUCGAGUUCCCCGGCGUCCAGCUUGGAUUACCGGAAAAUUGCCAGCGUCUCGACCAGCUCCCCUCCCGCGACGCAGUUCCCACUUUCAUGAAGGCCUGCUCCCUGCUCCAACAACCCUUGGAGGCACUCCUCGAAGAGCUCCACCCUGACUGUCUCAUCGCCGAUAUGUUCUUCCCUUGGGCGACGGCGGCCGCCGCCAAGUUCGGUAUUCCGAGGUUGGUCUUUCACGGAACGAACUGUGUUUCCCUGUGUGCCUCGCACAGUCUGAUGGCUCACAAACCUUACGAAAACGUCUCAUCUGAUUCAGAGCCCUUCACAAUUCCGAAUCUCCCCCACCAAAUCAAGCUCACCAAAUUGCAAGUCCCGGAGCACCAACGCGGCGGCGGAGAUAACCCCAUGACGGCGUUCAUGAAUCAAGUAAGAUAUGCGGAUGAAACAAGCUACGGGGUCAUCUUUAACAGCUUCUAUGAGCUGGAACCCGAAUUUGCAGAGUACUACAGGAAGGUUCUUGGUAGAAAGUCAUGGAUGGUGGGCCCGUUUUCCCUUCUAAACAGGGACAUAGAGGAUAAAUCUCUGAGAGGGAAGAAAUCCUCAAUCGGCGAAACAGAGUGUAUGGACUGGCUGGAUUCCAAGAAACCCAACUCCGUCCUCUACGUCUGUUUCGGAAGCAUGGCCAACUUCGCCGGUUCGCAGCUCACAGAAAUGGCGGCGGGGAUAGAAAGCUCCGGGCAGGAUUUCAUUUGGGUGAUCAGAAACAAGAGAGAAGAAGACAACGGAAAAGAGGAGUGGAUGCCGGAAGGGUUCGAGAAGAGGACGGAAGGCAGAGGGUUGAUCAUAAGAGGCUGGGCCCCACAAGUGCUGAUUCUUGAAAACCCGGCCGUGGGCGCGUUCGUGACUCACUGCGGCUGGAACUCGACGCUGGAGGGGAUCUGCGCCGGGGUGCCGAUGGUGACUUGGCCGGUCUUCGCCGAGCAGUUCAUCAACGAGAAGCUGGUGACGGAUGUUCUGAGGAUCGGAGUUGGGGUUGGGUCGAAGGAAUGGAAAGCGACGGAGAGUGAUGGUGUGGAGAAGGAAGCCAUUACAGAGGCCAUCAAGAAAGUGAUGGUGGGGCCAGAGUCAGGGGAGAUGAGGAACAGAGCAGCAACGUUGAAAGAUAGCGCAAGGAAGGCCAUCGAGAAGGGUGGUUCUUCUUACUCGGAUUUGACUUAUUUGCUGUUUGAACUCAGAACAAACGGUACAAAACUCUGAGUGGACAAUGAGUCAUUUACAGUUUAUUUUCAACUUCAAACAGGGUGGAGAGUGGAGACAGGGAGGUUUUGGACUUCGAGGGCUACUCUGAAAAAAUUUGUAAUAUUCUCUGUUCUUUAAUUCUUGCAACAGUAUGACUUUUACGUUUGUUACAUACAACUUUGACUGUAAUUAUAUUUAAUUAUGUAUUAAUAAACAUUAUAAAAAGUUGAUAUUUUGGAAAUUCACAUUGAUAGGAAUC